AUGCCAUUUCGUCACUCUCCACAGAACUGUGUCGGUAUGCGAUUUAGUUUGCUGGAAAUUAUAAUGACCCUGGUGAGAUUACCGAGGAAGUACAAGCUGGAACGCACCAAGGAAACAGCGGCGAGUUACGCAGCAUGUCAAUGGUUGGAUGGUACAGCAAUCCAUACCCCUCCUCCCUCCCUAACAGAUCGCGCUGUAAUCUCAAAUCGUGUCGCUCCCGGGUCAUAGACUAAUUUGAAGACAUCAUAACAUGUUUAAGAACAAUUGUAGCCUCUAAGCAGUUUUUGCAACGGCGGUCACUUAGUUACCUGAAGAACCUUCAGGGACAUAUGUUCUAGCUGUUCAUGUCUUCCUUUCGUUCACAUGACUUGCUAGAUUCGCUCAGCUCUCGCCUGAGAGGCCGGCGGUGGUCAGUGGUCAGACUGCAGUGAUCAUUAAUCCAUUUGUAUCUUCGGUGAGGCUAACUUAAUUAUCAUUUUUUUACUUUCUAGGUUCCAUUAGGCUUUGUUGUUGAUACUCUCCUUACCUGCCCACAAGCACAAAUUAUGCAGAAAGUCUUACCCAGAACUUAA